AUUCCAAGCCAUAAUCGACGACACAAUUCUAUACACAAAUCGCAAGUCACACACAGCCGCUCCUGUAUAUAAAGCAUUCUCAGGUAGCUCUGCCAGAGAGAGAAGGAAGAGAGAGAGAGAAUCCCCUGCCCUCCGCCUGCCCUCCAUCUCCACCUCCAUAGACCUCAUCACUCAGGUUGGCAUGGAGAUCGAGUCGGCCAAGUGCGAGUGCUGCGGCCUGCGUGAGGACUGCACCCGGGAGUACAUCGCCGGCGUGAAGGCGGGCUUCGGCGGGCGGUGGCUCUGCGGGCUGUGCUCGGAGGCGGUGCGGGACGAGGUCGCCGCCAAGAAGCGCGGCGACCUCGAGGGCGCCGUCAGGGACCACAUGUCCUUCUGCGCCAAGUUCGGCAAGAAGGGCCCCGCCUUCCGCGUCGCCGACGGCAUGCGCCAGAUGCUGCGCCGGCGCUCCAGCGACAUCUCCGCCACCUCCUCCGCCGCCUCAUGAAAAAGCUAGUAGCGGAGGAAGAAGAAGGGUUGCAUUGGCUGUGAAGAAGAAGAAGAAAGCAGCCACUGAUCGAGCUCUAGCAGCGGCGGCGCGGCCGAGCAAAGCUUUUGCUGCGGCGCCGGUGAUCCUUGACGAUGGCAGGUUCUAGGAUCGGUUGGUAGUUUAAUCUUGUCACAAUGUCACCGUACUAGCAUGUUGCAAGUCGGUGCCGUUGGCUUGGUUGUCCUCUAGCUCCAUUAGAGGUGUGCCAAGCGAAAGCCUUCUUAGGCCUAGAAGAAGGCGGCUUCUUGGACGUUCCGAGUUUUGGUACAAGGAGAGGUUGUACAACUUGAACCACAAUCGCAAUGUACCAUUGAUCCCUUCAUAUCAUGAAUUGGAUUUAUUUUUUCUGCA